CUCGUCUGGCGAAUUCGUUGUUGGAGCGGGAGUCAACAAGCCUCAGCGCAGCAAACGCCCCGCUAAUCGCCCACCUCCCUCACAAAUUGGUUUGUUUCUUUUAGGGACCUACUCUCAUAUCAACCGUCGUGUUGACUAAGGAAAAAGAAAAUGCGUACAGCCAACUUUAAGUUCUGGGCCCGUACCAAGACUUGAGGUGUUGGCAGUCGACAUGGAGGCGCACGAUGGCCCGGCGCGUGACGCCGGCCAACGCCUGCCGACUGAGACAGACAGCGGCUCGGGCUUCUACCGGCUGGGGACGAACCAGAGCAGCGCCAGCAUUUUUGAGGAUGUCGAGAUGGCUCAAGAUGAGCUCUUUGCUGGACCCGUCGCCGAGUCUCUCCCGACUAGCGUCUCUGCUUUCAGUCACCGCCGCGCCCGUGCCGACUCGACAACGAGCUUCUCCUUCUACCAAGACGAGGGUGAGCUUGGCGAGCUUGGGGAACUGGAGCAGGCUGUCCCUCUUGCCGACGGACGCCUCUCGGUAGGCGACCUCGACGAGCUACCAUUCGACGACGAGUUCGAAGAACAAGACGAUUCAACCGACAUGGAGCGCAGCUCUGUUUACGACGACCAUGACUUUCUCCGCAGGACUUCGACGCAAUCGAGGGGUUCGGUUUACAGCAGGCUACUCAGGCGGGAUAGCGGCGUUUCAGCUGGCAGCGGCUAUGGGGCAACCCGCCACAGCCAAAAGGUGUACAUGGUGAACGAGGACCUUUAUAUCGUCAUUGCGGGGUUUCGGACGAGCGUUGCCGGGCUCGCGCUCUACGUUUUUCUCUGUCUCUUCACGUGCGGUCUCGGCUGGCUAGUCUUCCGCUGGUUGCCUCGCUGGCACGUUAAGCUGGUUGGCAAAUCGUCGCCCCUUCGCGAUUGCGAUUGGGUCGUCGUCGAGAAUCAGUGGAACGAAAUCGCAAUAUUGGACGUGGAGUCCAAACCGUAUGGGCGGCCACUCUCGACCGUGUUCGGAGCGCCGGGGAAGAUGACCUCGUACCUGUUUACGGACGAAGAUCACGACCCGAUUCUGCACGACCUUCGAAUGAUCAGUUAUCGUUACGUCCGGUUUUUCUUCCAUCCUACAAGAGACAAAUUCCUGCUCGGUGCCGGAUGGAAGGAUCCCCUGUGGUCAAACGUCCGAGAGAUCCGCGCCGGCAUCACGAGCGAAGAGAAGACUCACCGCGACGUCGUUUUUGGCGACAAUCUGAUCGAUAUCGAGCAGAAGUCGGUGUUCCGUCUGCUCGUGGAUGAGGUUUUCCAUCCUUUUUACGUGUUCCAACUAGCCAGUCUGAUACUCUGGUCACUUGACGAGUAUUAUUACUACGCUGCCGCCAUUUUCGUCAUAUCUGUGGGCAGUAUCACUACCACACUUAUUGAGACUAGAAAUACCAUGAGAAGGCUUCGCGAGAUCUCUCGGUUUGUCUGCGACGUUCGAGUUCUUCGCAGCGGGUUCUGGCGGAACAUUCCCUCGAGCGAUCUUGUCCCGGGUGACGUAUACGAAGUCAGUGACCCAAGCCUCGGCCAAUUUCCAGCAGACAGCCUCCUCCUCAGCGGCGAUUGCAUUGUAAAUGAGAGCAUGCUCACUGGUGAAUCUGUCCCCGUGUCCAAGACUCCGGCGACCGAUGAGACGCUUCGAAAGCUAGACUUGGCAGCAUCGACUAUGCUCCCGGACGUAGCUAAGCAUUUCUUGUUCUGUGGCACCAAGAUUGUUCGUGCUCGGCGACCGCAGGAGAACCAGGAUGAAGAAGCCGUGGCCCUUGCUAUGGUUGUGAGGACGGGUUUCAAUACUACUAAGGGCGCUUUAGUUCGCUCCAUGCUCUUCCCCAAGCCAUCGGGUUUCAAAUUUUACAGGGACUCGUUCCGAUACAUAGCCGUCAUGGCUUGCGUGGCGCUAUUCGGAUUCACCGCCUCAUUCAUCAAUUUCAUUAGGCUCGGACUGGAGUGGCAUUUGAUUGUCGUUCGUGCCCUCGACCUCAUCACGAUUGUGGUUCCGCCGGCCCUGCCGGCGACCCUUACCAUCGGCACUAGCUUCGCCCUCGGCCGGCUGAAGAAGAAGCAAAUAUUCUGCAUCAGCCCGCAGAGGGUGAACGUGGGAGGAAAGCUCGACCUCAUGUGCUUCGACAAAACCGGGACCCUGACAGAGGAAGGGCUCGACAUUCUGGGGGUGCGAGUUGUUUCGCGAGCCGACAACCGAUUUAGCGAGCUGUUGGCCAGUCCCCGGGACCUUGCCCCGGACCAGAGCGCCGGUGCUGAGGACAAAGACGAGAGAGACACGCGGACCGCAACUCUAUACACUAUGGCAACGUGCCAUUCCCUGCGGACCGUGGAUGGCCACCCCGUUGGCGAUCCCCUCGAUCUGAAAAUGUUUGAAUUCACGGGCUGGACUUUUGAGGAAGGGAAUAUGGGGGGAGCAAAUGCCGAUGAUGAAGAACAAGUAAAUCUCCGUCCCUCUGUUGCCAGGCCACCAACGGACUUCAGACAACAAGCGGACGGAAUAGGCCAGGGGUCUGUCACAAAUGAACCCCUCGAACUCGGCGUUAUUAAAUCUUUCGAGUUUGUCUCCCAGCUGCGGCGUGCUAGUGUCAUUGUGAGGACGUUCGGCCGGCCCAGUGGUGACAUCUAUGUCAAAGGAGCUCCUGAAUGCAUGCGGGAUAUUUGUAGACCGGAGACAUUCCCUGCCGACUACGAAGAGCUUCUAUCUCAGUAUACACACAAAGGGUAUCGUGUUAUUGGGUGCGCAACAAAGCACAUCAAGAAGCUCAGCUGGGUCAAGGCCCAGAAGAUGAAACGAAGCGAGGUUGAGUCAGACCUCGAGUUCGUCGGAUUCAUCAUCUUCGAAAACAAGUUGAAGCCUACGACGGUCGCGGUCCUCAAGGAGCUCCUCGACUCUAACAUUGGCACCGUUAUGGUUACCGGCGACAACAUUCUGACUGCCGUCAGCGUCGCGAGGGAGUGCGGCAUGAUCAGCAAGACUGCGCACUGUUUCGUUCCUCGGUUCCUUACCGGUGACGCAACAGACCCCAACGCGAGCCUCCAGUGGGAGAGCAUCGACAACCAGGCCUACCAGCUCGACGCUAAGACUCUGCUGCCCCUGCCAGCUCCGCCGGAACACGAUGCAUCUUUGCCAUACGACAUCUCAAACCUGCGCAACUACUCGAUCGCUGUUAGCGGUGAUGUCUUCCGCUGGGUAGUCGACUUUGCGCCCCCCGAAGUUCUGCGGAGGAUGCUCGUCACCGGCAAGGUCUUUGCACGCAUGUCUCCGGACGAGAAGCACGAACUAGUGGAGAAGCUGCAGAGCAUUGACUAUUCGUGUGGUUUCUGCGGCGACGGCGCGAACGACUGUGGCGCCCUCAAGGCAGCCGACGUAGGCAUCUCCCUCUCGGAAGCCGAGGCGUCCGUGGCGGCCCCGUUUACCUCUCGGGUGUUUGACAUCCGAUGCGUGCCCGAGGUGAUUCGGGAGGGACGGGCGGCGCUUGUAACCAGCUUCAGCUGCUUCAAGUACAUGAGCCUGUACUCGGCCAUUCAGUUCACCUCGGUGAGCUUUCUGUACGCCUCGGCUUCCAACCUAGGCGACUUCCAGUUUCUCUUCAUCGACCUGGCCUUGAUCCUGCCCAUUGCCGUCUUCAUGAGCUGGGCAGGACCUUUCCCAGAGCUGUGCCGCAAGAAGCCGACAGCAGAUCUCGUCUCGCGCAAGAUUCUCACUCCGCUUUUGGGUCAGAUUGUCAUAUGCAUCGUGAUCCAAGCGGCCGCAUACGUGGCUGUCCGCAAGCAACCGUGGUUUAUCCCGCCCGUUAUCGACCCCGACAAGUCGAACGUUGUGAACUCAGAGAACACGGCCUUGUUCCUGACCUCUUGCUUUGAAUACAUCCUGUCAGGAGUGGUGCUGAAUGCCGGCCGGCCCUUCAGGCACUCGGCGUUGCACAAUUGGCCGUUUGUCGCAACCGUAGCCAUCACCCUCGGCAUCUCGCUGGUAAUGGUGAUCAGUCCGCCGGCGUGGCUGUCCAGCUUCAUGCAAUUGACCUAUCUCAGCUGGGACUUCAAGCUUGUGAUCAUCGGGCUUGGGGUACUGUACUUUGUUUUGGGGUGGGCAGGGGAGCAUCUAGUGUUCCAGGGCCUUGCGCGACUGAUUGGGAAGCUGAAGGUGUCGGUGUUCAAGCGGACCAAAGUGCGGAAGCAGUACAAGGUAAUUCAGGAGCAAAUGUUGUUUUAGGGCUUAUAUAUAGAAUCUAUAUCAAAGAAGUGAACCCGCUGUUUUGCCUCGCACUAGCAUGGCAUUGUGAUCUUGAAU